AGCCCCGUACUUCCUAAUGGAGAACAGUACAGAGGUGACCGAGUUCAUUCUUGUGGGGUUAACCGAUGACCCAGAACUGCAGAUCCCACUCUUUGUAUUCUUCCUUUUCAUCUACCUCUUCACUCUGGUCGGGAACCUGGGGAUGAUUGGGUUGAUUCUCCUGGACUCUCAUCUCCACACUCCCAUGUACUUUUUCCUCAGUAAUCUCUCCCUGGCAGACUUUGGUUAUUCCUCAGCUGCCACUCCCAAGGUGAUGGCAGGAUUCCUCACAGGAGACAAAAUCAUGUCUUACGCUGCUUGCGCCACUCAGUUCUUCUUCUUUGUAGCCUUUAUCACAGUAGAAAGUUAUCUCUUGGCCUCAAUGGCUUAUGACCGCUAUGCAGCGGUGUGCAAACCCCUGCAUUACACCAGAACCAUGACAACAAAUGUGUGUGCUUGUCUGGCCACAGGCUGCUAUGUCUGUGGUUUCCUGAAUGCCUCCAUCCACACUGGGAACACUUUCAGGCUUUCUUUCUGUAGGUCCAAUGUAGUCGAUCACUUUUUCUGUGAUGCUCCUCCUCUCCUGGCUCUCUCAUGUUCUGACAACCACAUCAGUGAGAUGGUUAUUUUUUUUGUGGUGGGAUUUAAUGUCCUCUUUUCUAUCCUGGUAAUCUUGAUCUCCUACCUACUCAUAUUUAUCACCAUCCUGAAGAUGCACUCACCUGAAGGACGCCAGAAGUCCUUUUCCACUUGUGCGUCCCACCUGACUGCAGUUUCCAUGUUCUAUGGGACAGGCAUCUUUAUGUACUUACAGCCCAGCUCCAGCCACUCCAUGGGCACUGACAAAAUGGUAUCUGUGUUCUAUGCCAUAGUCAUUCCCAUGCUGAAUCCACUAGUCUACAGCAUGAGGAACAAAGAGGUUAAGAGUGCCUUUAAAAAGACUGUUGGGAAGGCAAAGUCUUCCAUAGGAUUCAAAUUUUAGUUAUAUAGAAUUCACAAUGCUGUGUCAUCCACCUCAGAUUAAUCUUUGCUAAGUCUAACAUCUGGGCUUCCUCA